AUGCGGGCCAUCCAGUCUCGAACCCUGCCGCUGCUGGCUACACUUGCAGCCACAGUGCUCGCCCGGCUUCAGACUGACGAGAACUCAACUCACAUUUCUCUCAAUAACGACCACCUCAGUGUUACCCUCGCCAAAUCAAGCGGUCACAUUAUUGAUCUCACGCUUGACGGCCAAGACCUGCUCGGUCCCGCCAGCGGAAACAGCGGGAAAGGCCCCUACCUGGACUGCAGCUGCGUCCCAUCUGGCUUCUGGACCCCCGGAGGCAGCAACAAAGCAAACGUCCAGUUAAUCAAUGGAACCGACUCUGAAGGAGUCGCCUAUGGCGGACUCAUCAUGAGCGAUACGUACGCAUCCACGAACCAGACUCUCUCGCAGUACUUUUUUCUUCGUGAUGGCGAAACCGGUCUACAUGCUUUCUCGCGUCUCACGUACUUCAACCCGGAGACCCCUUUCCUUCGAGGUCUCGGCGAGAUGCGAACGCUCUUCCGUCCGAACACCAAGCUCUGGACUCAUUUCUCGACCAGCGACACGAACUACGGCCCGAUGCCGUCCUCAGAUGCAAACUCCAAGGGCGUCACUGUGCAAGACGCAACUACCUACCUGGGCAGCACCCCCGACGACCCCUACGUGAAGCAAUACUCCGACUACUUCACCAAGUAUACUCUGGCCGAGAGCUGGCGCGCACACGACGUCCACGGCCACUACGCCGACGGAUCCCAGAGCACGGAUGGAAGCACGUUCGGCGCGUGGCUGGUGCACAACACCCGGGAAAGCUACUACGGUGGACCCCUGCAUUCGGAUCUCGUCGUUGACGGUAUUGUGUACAACUACAUGGUCUCGGGACAUCACGGUGCGCCGGUCCCGAAUAUCACCCAUGGGUUUGAUCGGACCUGGGGACCGCAGUUCUAUUAUUUCAACAAGGGAGAAGCGGGAACGAGCAUGGCUGAGUUGCGGGCCAACGCGGCGCAGUUUGCGGACCCGGAGUGGAACGCGCAGUUCUAUGAUGAUAUUGCGCGGCAUGUACCGAACCUGAUUCCUUCUGGUGGCAGGACUGCGUUUUCGGGGAAAAUUAAGCUGCCCAAGGGAGCGAAACGGCCUAUCAUUGUGCUCUCGGAGAAUAAACAGGACUUUCAACUCAAUGUGUUCGAGACCGAGUCAAAGCAGUACUGGGCGGAGAUCGACGCGUCUGGAAAAUUCAGCAUUCCUCGGGUCGCGAAGGGUACAUACAGAGUUACUGUCUACGCGGACGGUGUCUUUGGCUGGUAUAUCAAGGACGAUGUACAGGUCAACGGGCGUCGAGACUGGAGUUUCACCUGGAAAGAAGAGACCGCAGGAAAGGAGAUCUGGCGAAUCGGUGUCCCCGAUAAAUCAGCCGGCGAGUACCGUCAUGGCUACGAGGUCGACGAAUCAAAGAGUCUGCAUCCCGAACAAUACCGGAUUUACUGGGGGCAGUAUGAUUUUGUGGACGACUUUCCCAAGAGCGUGAACUUCGAGGUCGGGAAGAGCAAAGAGUCCGAAGAUCUGAAUUACAUCCACUGGUCAUUUUUCCCUGCAAACGGGAAUCGUCUUCGCAAUGAGUCUGUCUACGAGAACGUGAAUAACUGGACCAUUGCGUUCGAUCUCUCCAAAAGUCAAUUGUCCCGUGCCAGAACGGCUACAUUCACCGUGCAAAUUGCCGGCACCAAGACAGCCAACGGAAAUUCGAAAUGGUCGAUUAUCGAUCAUCCAUAUAGCAAUCUCCCAUGGACAGUCAAUGUCAACGACGGCAGCUACGAGUCCACCUGGUGGAUCCCUUACUUCCGCAGUGGGUCUUGCGGUGUGCGCAGCGCUGUGGCGUGUCAAAACAUCGAGCACAAGUUUGUGUUUCCGACCGCAAAGCUGAAGCAGGGAAAGAACCAGUUUGUCUUGAGUUUGCCAUUUAAUGCGUCAAGUGUUGAGACGGCCCUCUUGCCGGAAGCUUUGCCGGUGUCCUACUGUUUGGUCUAUGUCCCGUCUUAUGUGGUAUUGUUGAGCCUUCUGACUGAACACAACUUUCGGUCUCUAGAUCCUAUUGUCAGAGGACAAAUCUUUGUGUCCCUCGCCCGGUUCUAUCUCUACCAUUAUAACUACCCCUACCGCAUAUACAACAAAUUCAACACCGGCGGCGGGCAGAGCACCUCGCUGGCUACAAGUUCCAUCCUACAUGACUACAUGGACACCAGUAUGAUCUGGGCUGGUAAGCUUGAAAACGCCAUGACAUUCCAACUCCUCUACCCGAAUGCCGGAAGCCACUCCGGGUACAUCCAGAACGGCGAUGAAGUCUAUCUUAAUCUAUAUGACAAAGACGCAAAGGAACUUGGUUGGGCAGAGCGCAUUCUGAAUCCCUCGGACUGCGUGGGCUUGGAUUAG